AUGGCAUCCAACGUCGACAUUCGAGGUCCUCUGCCUCACCUGAGUGAGAGUGAGGGUGCCCUGCUCAGUCUGGUGGAGGAUGACUCGCAGGACGCGGUAGCCUUAUCGGACAAGGAAGCGUUGAUCCUGGAACUGUACCGCAAGAGCGGGGAGCUGGAGCUUGAAAAGGAGUUCCUGAGCCAAGAACCGGGUUCGUACUCUGGCGAAGAUGUCGAGGCACAGCUGGCGGUCGCAGAGCGGGAGCUCUUGGAGGCGAGAGCCACCCACACCGUGAGGAGGAAAGCCAUCAAUACGAUACUGAUGGCCGACCCAAUCCUCAAGGCCGUGCAUCUCAAGGCUAACUCUCCACCUGAACGUGAAUACAGGGCUCUAUUGAAACUGAUCAACCGGCGCGAUAUACUGUCUCUAGUGCAUGAGAACCUAGCGGCUGCCCAUGACUUGACCUUGAAAAACCUAUCAGAUAUGGAAGUCGAGAAUAUGGAGUUGAUUGAGAAGAACCGCGCCCUGACGCAGGAGCUUCUCGGUCUCGCCAGACAGCAAGACGCGUGGAAAGAGGGACUCGAGGACACGGGACUGGCUGCGCAACUAGAGGGGCUUGAAAAAGACCGCCGAAAGGUUCAAGCCAGAUGGGAGAUUAUGCAAAACAUCGCCAGUGCUAUCGUGGUCGGCAGCGGAGUGAACUGGGCGGAAAAUGCAGACCUCCGGGCACUCGUGUUAGACGAAGAAGAUUGA